CAUUCAUCCACGACGUGAGUCGUUUCGUGGACCAAAAUGAACCAAUAGCCGCUGUCACCGCAUGACACUGAACACAGGAACUCAUCCCAUCCUCUCUCAUCAUCAUCAAUCUCAAGCGUUCCUCAACUGAAGGGAAAAUGCCGCGCUGUCUCGUAUGUCAGUACGACCCCAUCGAUGCCAUGCUCGUGGCCGUAGAAAGAGAGCACGAAGCUAGAAUAGAGAAUCUCGGUAAUAGCCCAGUCGUCCUUUCAGAUGACGACGACAACAGAGUCAGUAGUCCGCCUUUCGUAAUACCUGAAACGGACGACGACGAAUCCCUAGAUGGACAUGACAAUGCAGACGAAUUGCUCAUGUGGGAAGGGGAUCAGUCGUAUGCAGAUUUCAUUCCUCUGUCUGGUAGGGUUCGAGAUGAAUCACCAGAUGCAAGCCCAGAAUUUCGAAACGAAGCUGAGCCUGUCCAGGGUCGUAGAAUCGUUGAAUUGAGAGAACACGUCGUAGAGAAUCAUCCCUCCGUCACGGAGAGACGAUUCCUUCCUUUCUUUGUCACAGAUGAGGCAUUUGACGGAACGGCUACUAGGUACACGCUUCUCUGUUCCCCGCACGACGACAACGUCGACGAUUUGCGACUCUAUCUACCGAGCAUAGCUCCAGUAAUCACGCGCGUCCUCGAAGCAUAUCCCAUGCCUUUCAAAUUUUGUCUGUGCUCGAAAGCGCUCAUGGUUAAGGACGGAGCCGACGGGUUGACUUCUCAUCUCCUUCACGUGAACCUUCACAUGAGAGUGGUUCAUAACCGUCAAGAAAUCGAAGGCGCGAUAAAUGCUGCUAUCGCAGAAUCCUCGCAACGCGUAGAAAACUAUGCGAGAGAAGGGUCUGGUUUCACCUCGAACGACGUCCAAUGUGUCGACUUAAAACUAACGCGUUUGAAACCGAAGCGGAUUGGGUGCACGAUCGAGCUUCCCGAAAUGUUGAAGAAAAAAACAAAGACUCUCACAAACGUCAAACUUCCACCGAAUCACGAAAACGAGUGUUUCAAGUACAGCGUGCUGGCACUCUUGCAUCCGUUGAGGAGCAAACCAAACCUUCAUGUUAGAUACCACAAAUACAUGAAUCCUUCGAAUCCGGAGACGCGCGUAACGUACUGGCCACCCUGCUUCCCAGUCACUUACGAAGACAUUGCCCUGUGGGAGAGAAAAAACAAAAUCUCCGUGUACAUCUACGUGUUCGACGAGCAGACGAGUUCGAUAUCUACCGGACGGGUUCCCUGCACGCUCUAUCAGGACAAAGUCCACCUGCUCGAGGUUAGGGAGCAUUUCUAUGGGAUCCGAAAAUUUAGCACUUUCAUGGGGCGAGGUGACUAUUUUUAUUGCGAGAAAUGCACGAGCGGUUAUAGGACGAGAGGGGCGUUGGAGCAGCACGAACGUUUGUGUCGAGACGUAAACGAAGUAAUUCUCGAAAUGCCAAAAGCGGGGGAGAGCGUUUCCUUCACCAAGAUACAGUACAUGCAUCCCUAUCCCUAUUUCGCGGUGUUGGACACGGAAAGCAUGCUGGAAAAGGAUGCGCUCGUUAAGGACGCCUCGAUUACGCGUGGAGCAGCGCUCUGA